ACUCGUACCCGAUGGCCAGUGGGACAGCAAUUUAGGUCAGGUACUGUCUACUCUACAUAUUCUCACACUUUAUUGUACUAUGUAUAUUGAAUCUACUACUUACAUAUCUAUUUGACAUCAAAACCAGUAUCGACAGUUCUCCGGUACUACAUACGUAGUGAUACCUGUACUUUGUGGGUACAUAGUAAUAUGGCGGGCAAUCACCCCCUUCCAUCCCCUCUUGUCGAAGCGUCGCCGCGAGUGCAUCCAACAUUUGCCCUUCCGAACGAAGUCGAGCUCGAGAGCAGCUUCGACCCUCCAGGGCAUUAUGAUUAUGACUCCCCGUCCUUACAAGAUCGACAGCAUCAGCUGGCCAGGAGGAAAGCUCGCAUCCUUGUGGCGUCAGCGGUACUACAACUUCCCAUAUGGGGCUUUGCCAUGAGUUACGGUGUGUUCCAAGAAUACUACUCGACAGCGAAAUUCUUGCAAGCUUCCAGUUCACGGUCAGCAACCGGCGUGAUCGGCACUACGUCCAACGGGGUGAUCUACCUGUCGAUGCCGUUCUUCUUCGCGGCCUUCAGCCAACGUUACGCAAGAUACCGGCACGCGGUGGCGUAUUGCGGCGUUGGACUGGCGUUCGUCAGCUUCCUGCUGUCCUCGUUCAGCACACAGGUCUGGCACCUUGUGGCCACUCAGGGCGUCCUGGCCGCGUUGGGCAGUGCAUUGGUCUACAGUCCCACGACGCUGUCGCUGGGCGAAAGCUUCACGACACACAAUCGCGCAGUGGCAUAUGGCAUCGUGUUCUCGUGCAAGAACAUUGUGGGAUCGGCAUGUCCGUUUCUCCUACGUUUUCUGCUGGACCGCUAUGGGUUCCGCACAACGAUGAGGAUAUGGACGGCCGUGAUUACCGGGAGUAGUCUGGGUGCUAUAUUCCUGCUGCCUGUCACACAUGCGGGUGUUUUGUCGACCACUACAACUAGCACUGACGAAGAUCGCCACGGCUCCUCAACGACGCCACGUCCUCGACAUACUCCGUGGCAUUUCCUCAAACAUCAGACCUUUUACAUCUACAGCAUCGCGACCAUCAUGCAGAGUUCCGGCUAUGGCAUUCCUCAGACUUAUCUGAACUCGUACGCGCAGGAUGCCGGAGCACUGUCGCAGACUUCCGGUACCCUCCUGCUGUGUCUGUUCAACAUCCCGGGUAUUCUGUCCAGUUCGUUCUUUGGCUAUCUGAGUGAUAACAAAUGGUACCCCUUGUCGGCGACGACGUCGACGUGGGUCUCCAGUAUUAGUUCCGCAUUAUCGGUAUUCCUGCUCUGGGGCCUUGCACCGCGUACGAGUAUGGCAGCACUGACUCUCUUCUCAAUCAUAUUCGGCUUCUUCGCCAGCGGAUACAGCUCAACAUGGGGCGGGGUCAUCAAGCAGUUGGAGCAUGAGGCUGCCGACAGGAACGAGGCGAUCGAUAUCGGAGUCGUAUAUGGCCUCUUAAAUGGUGCCCGAGGUCUAGGUUACGUGAGUGGUGGAUUGGCCGGGGUCCGGUUGCUGAAGACGGGCAAAAUGAACGGCCCGGGUCUCUCCGGCUACGGCACCGAGUAUGGUCCGCUGAUCAUCUUUACCGGACUGGUGUCUAUCUUUGGUGGCUGGAGCGUCAUGUGGAAGUGCAAGGGGUUGAUCCAUCAUUAACGCCGCACUGCAUUUUGCCCUGUUGAGCCGACAACACGAUAUCUUGCAGGACACCUAUUGCGAAAGGACCGGCAUCUGCGCGCUGCAAAGUUCGGGCUCUAUUCAGCUCAGCAGGUCGAUGCCAUCGAUUUUUUGAUUAUGGCCAAAAACAGCACAUGGCUGCAAUUGUAAAGCCAACAGCUGAGGUCAUCGGUGGCCAAAAAGAAAAGGAAGGUAGAACACACUCAUUUGACUUUUUGGUGCUUGAGGCGCCAUCCAGCUAGUGGAUUGACCCAUUCAACAAUACAUGUUUGCAAAUGGCGAAGCGGACGACGAAUGAAGGAAAGGAGAGGAGAAUAAUUAACACUCGCUUGACCGGCUACAUCAAAAUAUAAAAAAAGAGAAAGGGCAAAAACAAUCAACAGCCAGGAUUCCCAAAUGGUCACCCACUUUAGUACUAACUGGCCGGCAUCAAGCUUAAGUACCGCUGAGCGAACGGGAAGCGCUGUAGUCUUGAUCCUAUGGUCGAUUGCGAAGGAAGGAGCUAGGUCUUUAUUACUAGUAGGUCAGAUUUUUUAAACGGC